AUGGAUUUUAUAAUAAGGAGCAACGACAGCAACGCGACCAGCGGUUACCCUGAAGGGAUGGACGUGGUUGCCGACUGGAUCGGGGGUAAGAAUGUUACGGAGUCUGGGCUUCUGCCAGAUCUGGUGCUGGCUUACCAGAUCAUCACCUCUCUGCUCCUGGGGGCCCUCAUCCUCUGCUCCAUAUUUGGCAACGCGUGCGUCGUGGCAGCCAUCGCCCUGGAGAGAUCUCUCCAGAAUGUCGCCAACUACCUGAUCGGAUCCCUGGCCGUGACAGACCUGAUGGUAUCGGUGCUGGUGUUGCCAAUGGCGGCCCUUUACCAGGUUUUAAACAAGUGGACUUUGGGGCAGGAGAUCUGUGACUUAUUCAUCUCUUUGGAUGUGCUGUGCUGUACAUCAUCCAUCCUGCAUCUGUGCGCAAUCGCCUUGGACAGGUACUGGGCAAUAACUGACCCCAUUGACUAUGUAAAUAAACGGACCCCAAAGCGAGCUGCGCUCCUGAUCUCUGCAACUUGGUUCAUUGGUUUUUCCAUCUCCAUCCCGCCUAUGUUAGGGUGGAGAAGCGCCGAGGACAGGGCGAACCCGGACGCCUGCAUGAUCAGCCAGGACCCGGGCUACACGAUCUACUCCACGUUUGGAGCGUUUUACAUCCCUCUCAUCUUGAUGCUGGUUCUGUACGGGCGGAUAUUUCGGGCCGCUCGGUUUCGGAUUCGAAAGACGGUGAAGAAAACCGAGACGGCAAAAGUUUCAGACAAGUGCUUGACCAUAUCACCCGCCAUCUUCCACAAGAGAAAGAACGGGGAGAGCGGCGGCAAGGGCUGGACGCGCUGCGACGAGUCCAAAACCGGUUCCCCGUGCGUAAACGGCGCGGUGAAGCACGGAGACGAAGGCGAGUCGCUGGAGAUUAUAGAAGUUAUCAGCAACUCCAAGACGCACCUGCCCCUGCCCAACACUCCGCAGUCGUCCUCGCAGGGCUAUGAGAGCUUGAAUGAGAGGAACUCGGGGGCAAAGAGGAAGCUCGCGCUGUCUCGGGAGCGCAAAACGGUGAAAACGUUAGGGAUCAUCAUGGGGACGUUUAUCGUCUGCUGGCUGCCCUUUUUCAUCGUGGCGCUGGUGCUGCCUUUCUGCGCAGACAGCUGCUACAUGCCGGACUGGCUGGGCGCUGUUAUAAACUGGCUGGGCUACUCCAACUCCCUCCUGAACCCCAUCAUAUACGCCUACUUCAACAAAGACUUCCAAAGUGCUUUCAAGAAGAUCAUAAAGUGCAAAUUCCACAGACCAUAAGCGCAUAAUUCUACACGUGCAGGGCAAAAUAAUGGACAAAAGGCAGGAAAAAAACAAAAAACAAAACAAAACAGACUUUCAUUCAGGGACAGAUUCUUUUAGAUGUGUGAAAGGAUUGUGUUAAAAAAUAGUAAUAAAACAGAAAAAGGGCAGAUAUUUUUGUUCCCAAUGUACAAGCUCAUGUUUCUUCCGUGUUGUGGUAAACAUGCGACACAUCGUUCUAAC